UGUCCCGGGCGGCUCUGGGAGAAGGAGGAGGAGCUGCUGAGGCGCUCAUGGAGGACGAGCCGAGGCCCUGGGCCCGCGGCGGCCCCCGGAGCAGGAGCUCCCAAUCCGCUCGCAAAGGCGCAGGUAGUAAAGAAACAAGUGCUCCGAAAAGUGAAGAAGCUUCUAGAAGGAAAGCUGAACUGGAGGCAGCUAUUAGAAAGAAGAUUGAAUAUGAGAGGAAAGCUUUGCAUAUUGUGGAACAACUUUUGGAAGAAGACAUUACAGAAGAAUUCCUUGUGGAAUCUGGGAAGCAGAUCACAUCUGCACAUUACAAGGAUGUCGUGGAAGAACGCUUCAUCAUUCAUCUCUGUGGUUACCCUUCAUGUCACAACAAGCUAGGAAACGUGCCAAAACAGAAGUAUAGGAUUUCUACCAAAACAAAUAAAGUCUAUGAUAUAACUGAAAGAAAGUUUUUCUGCAGCAAUUUUUGUUAUCGAGCAUCUAAGUACUUUGAAGCUCAGAUUUCCAAAAGUCCAUUGUGGGUUCGAGAAGAAGAAAGACCUCCUGAUAUUCAGCUGCUAAAGGAAGGACAAAGCGGUCAUUCUGGCGAAGAAGUCAAGUUAUGUGAUGAGGCUGUUACGACGUUGGACAUUGAGAAUCCUGACCGGUCUCGAAACCAGGAUGAGUCUGGUUCCUCCAGCACCCACAGUCACAGUAGCAGCGAUGAUGAGCAAGGAUUUGUUUCCUCUCUUCUACCAGGAAACAAACCAAAUUCGACCCCUGGAAAGCAGCAGCCAUAUCCAAAAAGCAUCCUGAAAAAGAGGCUUGGCCAGAGAGCAAACUCCAGACACCAAGACAAAGACCUGCCAGCAGCAGAAGUGACCAAGCAAUUGAACAGGUGUACAUUAGACAGCCAGGAGAAAGUGAACGCUUGUGCCCUUUGUUUACAAGAGGAAAAUACUUGUGUUUCCUCAGAUUUUUCCUCAGAAAAAUCAAAAGUUUCAGAGAAUUCUGAAGGCAGUUGUGAUAGUUCCCAGAUAACCCUGGUAGGCAUAAGCAAAAAAGGAGCAGAACAUUUUAGGAGGAAAUUUGCGAAGUUGAAUCAACCUGCCCCAUCAGGUUCCAGUCCAUUCCAGGUAGAUCCUGCUGAAGCCAAAGCAGGCUUGUUUGAAGCCCUCAAAGAGACUUUGGUGGAGUGGAAGACAGAAGAAACGUUAAAGUUUUUAUAUGGUGACAACUAUGUCCCUGUCCCUCUGACAGCCUCACCAUCCACUCCUCAGGCUGAAGAGAAGGAAAAGGAUGAGGAGGCCUCAGUUCCAAGGCUGGAGGGUCACAUUUCCACUACUGGCCGGGUGUCUCAGAACACCCUGGAUCAAUCUCUGCCAUUCAGUGGCUCAGACGCUGCCAUUCACCCUCUGCCAAGUUACGAGAACCUAAAAAAAGAAACUGAAGCAUUGAAUUUAAGGAUUAGGGAGUUCUAUAGAGGAAAAUAUGUUCUGGAUGAGCAGCCCCCCAAAGCAGAAACCACAGACAAGGGAGAUCCCACCUUUCCACUCAUAGAUUCAAGUUCUCAGAACCAGAUUAGAAGACGCAUCGUACUCGAAAAAUUGACUAAAGUAUUGCCUGGAAUCUUGGGUCCUCUUCAGGUUACAUUGAGUGAUAUCUACACUGAACUUAAAAAUCUUGUCCAGACUUUUAGGUUAACAAAUAAGAAUAUCAUUCACAAGCCUGCAGAAUGGACCCUAAUUGCUAUUGUAUUAUUAUCACUGUUGUCCCAGACGAUCCUGAUGCAGAAGCGUUCCCAGAAAAAUGCCGUGUAUACGCAGUUUAUAGCCACGUUACUUGAAGAGUUACAUUUCAAGAAUGAAGACCUUGAAAGGUUAACCAGGAUAUUUACAGCUAACUGUUUACCAGAUUGCAAGCUUGCCUCGUGUUAGACUAAAGACUGCCAAGCAGCUCCCAUGGAAAGCAUUCUGAAGCCUUCUCUCUGGGGCCUUCAUCUAGCUUCAUGGACUUAGUCCGAGGAGAGACAGCAGAAGAGGGACCUUGCUUCCUUCUCCCAGGUUGGGCAUGUCAUCAUUUAGGGAGACUGCAGCUUUUAUUUCCGUAAUUAAAGUUCAAGUCUCAGUAUCCAAAUCGGAGCGAGUGCCUGAGAAGACAUUCAUGGGCCUGGGUUGUCUGGGUUCGUUCCAGCCCCAAUCACAGGUGACUGACGGGAUGGGGGAUUGCAUCCCUGCUCUGAGCCACACUCACCAAUUAACUGGCAUGCAAUAAACCAAGUGUCAAUAAAGGGAGUUUUCACAGGAAGCUGCCUUGGCACUCUCCCCAUCACUCUUAGAAAAGCUAUGACUCAUGAGUUUGCAGAGGAUGCAGCAGCCCAAAGUCAAGCCUGAAGCCUUUUCCUAGAGUUCAGGAAACCUGAAAUUGUCUUAAAUUUUCAAGAAAAUCAUUUUCUAGAAAUGAGGUUGCCUCAUCAAAUGGCACAUAUCAGACAUGAUGCCAGAUCUACGGGGUGCUGUGAGGUUUGUGUUGUUGUUCGGUUGUAUCCACACUUCAUGACCUCAUGGACAGGGUUUUCUUGGCAAAGAUACUGGACUGGUUUGCCAUGUCCUUCUCCAGUGGAUUAAAUCAAACAGAGGUUAAGUGACUUGCCCAGGGUCACACUGUUGGUAAGUAUGAGGCCUGAUUUGUGACUCCAGGCCUAGCGCUCUAUCUACGGAGACAUCUAGCUGCGCUUCUUGCCAUCAGAUUGCCCUAAGUAAGCCUGGAGAGGCUAGACAGACAGUGGAGGGCCGAGGGGCCCAGCAGCGGUAACCUGCAGAACUUCAUCUUCUGACCCCCUGCUGGUUUCUGGAGGCAUCUCUGAAUAAUCUGAAAUUGGCAGAAGGCAAGGAGCCAUUGUGGAAAUGAGCUUCCACCAGAAGGCCCAGACUGGGCAUUAGGAGACCGCUCUGGUCCUGAUUCUUCUGUUUGUCCACUUGGUGAUCUUGAGCUAGUAACUCACCUUCCUCAUCUGCAGAAAGGGGUGGUGAGGCGAUCUCAUCAUGGAAGCCUCUGGCCCCCUCACUCCUCCACCCUAGAGCCUUGGAAUGUUUGCGAUGUCGGCAGAACAGGACAUGCUCACUCUCCAGCACGGGUCUCUGGACUCCAGCUUCAGGCUUUCUUCAUUCAGGACCCCUGAAAUGCCUUUGUUUGAUCACAGCAUUUUAUCACUCCGUCUUUCCCUAACCUCUGUGACCCCUUGGUCUUGUUUUUUUGUCCUCUCCGUCCCUCAGCUCUUCCACAGGCCAUGGCUGCCCUGGCUGGCCCACUCUCUCCUGGCCCUCCUCCUGGCUCUCAAACUGCCCCUCCUUAGUCCCCUCUGUUGGAUCUUCAUCCUUGCCAUACCCAAGGGCCUGCGCUGGAGCUUCUUCUCUUUUUAAUCUCUCUGGCAUGGGCGUGUCAUCUGCUCCCAUGAUAUAUAUUUAUACACACACAUACAUACUGGUUUCUCUCUAGGUAGAGAUACAGACAUCCACAGACACACGCACGUAUACGUGUGUGUGUGUGUGUGUGUGUGUGUGUGUGUGUGUGUAAAUGUACCACUAUCGUCCCAGUCCCAGGUUCACAACCUUGGUGCAGUAUCCUUUGCCCUCAGUCACACUCAGCCCAUGGAACCAGUCUUCGUCAGAUCUUUGUCUCUAACUCCACAGUAUCUCAUAUAGGUCCCCUUCUCUCACACAACCACCCCCUAGCAUAGGCUCUUGUCAUCAUCUCCCUGCUUCAAGUCUGUCCCCACUCCAUUUCAUCCUUUGCCAAAGUGAUUUUCCUACAUUUCAAGUCUGACCAUGUCACUCCCUCACUCUGUAAACGUCAUUGGCUGCCUGUUACCUCCAGGAUCCAAUAUAAAAUCCUCUGACAUUUAAAACUUCACAGCCUGGCCCUUUUCCACCUUCCAGUCUUCUUAAACGUCAUAAUGCAGUCACACUGACCCCACUUGCUACUCCUAGCACACAAUACUCCCAAACACAUGCUUUUUCAUGGUCUGUCCCCCUCAGGCCGGGAAUUCUCCUCCCCUUCACUUUCACCUCCUGGCUGUCCUGUUCUUCAAGGCUCACGUCCCACCUUCUGCCUUUCCUAGACCCUCCCACUGCUAGUGCCUUCCCUCUGAGAAGGAGCUACACUGUGUAUAUCUUGUAUGUACAUAGUUAUUUGCAUAUUGUCACCCUACUAGAAUAUGUGCUUCCUGAAGUCAAGGACAGUGAUUUUUUAAUUUCUUUGUAACCCUGGUGUUUAGAACAGGCCCUGGCAUACAAAAGUGUUUAAUAAAUGCUUGUUGAUUGACCAGCUGGUUUACUGACUACAACCCCAGAGCACACAUAUAAAUAGCAUCUGUAAUACUUAAUGCAGGCCAGUUUAUUAAAUGAAUUAAUAAAGGAGUGAAAU